AUGACAGGAGGGGGCACGAUUGAGUGGGGAUUAACCCACACCUUCCAUGGCGAUGGGAAACAGGGUGACGUGAUCGCCUGGGAAGGAGAGAUGCAGUCUCUUUCUAAGACAACGGAUGCCUUUUUAAUGGGGGAGUCCAUUAGCUUUGACAGUCAAACGGGCAUGUGUUACAAACCCCCACCGCUGCUUGAGACCACAAUGGACCCUGUAUUCAAAGCAAGUAGGACAGAAAAGGGGCGAGAGGAAACAUGCGAGUUUAGUGCAAGUAGUGGGCAAUUGCUGCUACAAGAGGGGUCGGAAGACGCAGCGGGAGUACGAGAUGCGCAUGCCCCGGUGGCGUUUACACUUCAUCAGCCACGAGCAACUGAGGCAACUCCCAUUGCUGAAAGUGCUGAGGCGCCUGCAGGCUCUGUGAUGCACGACAUUAUUCAUGCCCAGAUGAAUUUUCCGUGCUUGCCAAAGCUAACGUCGCAGUCACGUCCCCGCUUGAUAUCACCACAGAAGCCAAAUGCUACUCGAGCAGGGGGUUUAAUUCCAAGCUCUAGCGUGUUUUCGAUGUCACCAGGCGCAGCUGCAUCUUUUACUCCGUUGAAGACAGCAUUGAAUGUGCCACGCAAUCGUGCGCCACGGAUUUCAUAUUUCCCACCAAAGACGUGGAAUGCACACCCCGCGAAUAACGUGAGCAGGCCCCAUGCCCCGGCAAAAGAUACAAGUUCCAUGCCUCUGCCGGAUAAUUCUGGAGGUGGGGAAGGCUCAGUUAUGUCUUCUUCUCGCUCUCCAUUUGUGCUGAAGCAGCCAUCUCUCUCAAUGGUAGGAGUCAGAAGUUUGUCAUCCAGUUCAAGAAACAGUAAUAUAUAUAUCCAGGAAUCUACAUGCUCUGUAUCCAUGCCGCGUAAGGUUCCUUCUACCACCACCGAGUACGCAGGCGGAAAUAGUACCACGCAUCACCUUUGUUUGCCCGAAUUCAUCGCCUCGGUGAAUAAAGGUAGCUGUUGCACCACUUCGCGUGGCGGGGCUAAUAGUAAUGCUAGCGGUACUGCCGGGACUCAAUCCUCAAAGCUUCAACAACAGGUGCAGAGUAUGCCUAUUCCGUUGUUAGUGAGUUCAAACUCAAACGACUCACGAGUUUCAGAGAAACCCUUGCCCAUUGCCAAGACUGGCCGGAAUCAUCGUCCUGAAGCUGUUUUUGUAAGUGGGCGGCGUUUUCCACCACAAAAUGAUUUGGGCAAUGGUAAUCUCCAAGCGAUGGUCAUUGUACCCACUCGCUUUGGGAAGACAGAUUACAGUCAUGGUCAUCACCAGUCACGUCACCAACAAGGAACGAAGAUGCAUAAUGUACAAGAGGUACUUAUGCAGGAAGUUGUGAGCCAGCUGCGUGAUUUGUAG